GGACGUAUUUUUCGAGCUGAUGAUGGCAUGGCUUUAUUAUUUGGAUAUGUUUCGAUGCGGGAACUUUUAGGAAUCGAAAUUUUAAAGCUUAUUCCUGCUAUUCAACUUGAAGCGGAUAGUGAAAUGCAACAUAUUUGCGCUCUCAGUAUUCGUGGUAAUUCAAUACCGAUUACAGUGAAAGUUAAUACUGAAAAGGAUUCCGAAAGUAAGUAA